AUGAAUAUUGAAGAAAAGAAAAUAAAAUUUCUUUAUUUUUUGAAAUAUUUAUAUGAAUAUAAAAAAGAUAUUAAUAGAAAUUUUAACAUUAAUCCAAUUGAUUUCCAUUGUGCACAAAUUUUAAAUUUUGAAUCUGAUGAUGAUUUUUAUUUUUAUAAUUUAAUUUUUAAUCAAUUUUCUACCUUAGAUUGUUUAGAAAACUUAAAUUAUGGAGAAAUAAAAGACAUAAUAGAAUAUUUAAAUAAUUUACAAAUAUCCUAUAUUAAAUCACAAGUAAUUUUUAAUAUAUGCAUAUCAGAAUAUUUGAUAUCUUUUUAUAUUAAAGAAGAUACUUAUAAUAGAAUAAAUGGAUGUAAUGGAAUUAAUGAAUUAAUUAUUUUAAAAAAAUAUUUAAAAAAUAUAUUAAAGAAUUUUGGCUUUAAUAAUGUAUUUGAUGAUUUAGAUAUUCAGAAUAAUAUUAUUAAUGAAAACAAAAAAGAAGAAAACAAAUGUAAAUUUAAGGAAAAUUUUGAUAAAGAACCAUAUACAGAUAUAUUAAACAAACUUAAACUUUUUAUUAAUUUAACAGAUAAAGAAUAUUCAUCAAAAAAUGAAACCAUUAUAAAAAAAAAUAAUUCUUUAAAAGGAACAGAUAUGCAAAAUUAUUUUUAUAAUUAUCGAUUAUCAUUACAUAGUAAUAAUUCUAAUGAUGCAUAUAUAAAUAAUGAUACAAAAGAAUCAAAAAAUGAUCUCGAAAUAGAAAAAUUGGAAGAAAAAAAUAUAAGACAAAAAAAGGGCAAAAUAAGUAGGUUAUGUAGUAUUACGAAUGAUCAAACGAGUGAACAUUUAUUAGAUUUAGAUUCUUUAAAAAAUCAAAGAGAAAAUUCCAUGAAAAAUAAAAUUUAUAAAAUAAAUAAAAAUUAUAUCCAUGAGUAUGCAUUUAAUGAAAACUGCAACAAAUGUAAAAAUUAUCUAAAUGAGAAAAAAAAUUUAGAUUUUGCAAGUUCUAAUAAUUUAAACAGUAAAUUACAAAAUUUUAUUAAAUAUAGUAUUAAUAAUAAUUUCAAUAAUAAAUUAAAUGAAAAAUCAGAAGAAUAUAAUUUAAGGAAUGAAGAAGAUUGUGAAAUUAAUUAUAAUUUUGAUAAAAAUAUAAAGAAAAAUAAAAUCGAAACAAUCGAAACAAAUAAUAAUAAUAAUAAUAAUAAUAAUCUUAUGGAUAUUAAAAAAAUGAUUAAUGAAAGUGAUUGUGAAGAUAAAGAAAAAAAUGAAUAUAUCAUUAAAGAAGAUGAUAGAAUAAAUAAUUUACUCUUUCAAAAUAUAUGUAAUGAAAAUCGGACAAAUAUAAAUUAUGAAAAUAUUUAUGCAAAUUUUCCAUAUAUUAAUUAUAGUAAUCCUUCAUUAAAAAACAUGCUUAAUAAUAAAAAUGAUUAUCUUCUAAGUAAUAUUGAUAAUAAUUCCAAUAACAGUUAUAAUAAUAUUGAAAAAAAUAGUAGCAAAACAAACAAUAUAAAAAGUUCAAAAACAACUCAUGAUAAUAGUGAAGAACAAAAAAAUAUAUCUAAUAUUAGUAUCGAAAAUUUAAAAGAAACAUGUACUCAAAAAUGUAUGAACACAAUCAACAAAAACAAUAAAAAUAAUAUAUUUCAAAAAUUUAAUAUAAUUUUAAACAAUAUAUUUCAAUUAUUUUUUUAUAAAUAUAUUCUCUGUGAGCAGAGUUGCACAAAAUCAUUACCAAAAAAUAUACAAAAUAUUUACUUUAUAUUUUUAAAUCAAAUAAAAAAUAAUAAUAAUAAUAUAUUAAGUAGCUUAAGUAAAAUAUGUAAUAUAUGCUUUCCAUUUAAAAGUAAUUUUAUCCUUUUAUUAAAUGAAUAUAUAAAAAAUAGUCUUGAAAAAUACAAAAUAUCAUAUAACAAAUUUUUACUGAAAAAUGAAUUAAAAGUUUCAACAAGCAACACAUACAAUGAGAAUAUAUUGAAUAAGAAAAAAUUAAAACGAAAAGAAGUGAAUGAAGAAGAAUAUAAUGAAGAUGAAGAAAAAAAAAAAAAAAAAAAAAAAAUUUUAUUAUAUAUAGAUGGUAGUACAAACAAAAAAAAAAAUUCAAACAAUAAUAAUAAUUUUAAUAACAAAGAAAUAAUAUCAAAAGAUAAUAAAACAGAUGAAAUGGAUUAUACGAACAAAAAUAAUAAUGAUAAUAUAAAAAUUAUAUGUCUAAAUUAUUUCGAUAAUAAUAAAUUAUUAGAGAAUAAUGAUACAUUAAAUGACAAAAAAAUAAAAAAUUCACUGUGUGACAUUUCACCAUGUCAUUACAACUUUAUGGAUUCUCAAAAUGAAAAUAAAAGUUGCGAUAAUGAAUUAAAAAUCGGAAUGAAUAAUUUCACUAGUUGUUCAAAUAACAAUAAUAUGAACAUAGAAAAAAGUAUGGAUAAAAUUUCAAAUACAAAUAAAAUUAAUUUAAAUAAUUUAAAAAUUGAUGAAAUGCUGAAUGAUGAAAAUGAAAUGCUUUUUAAUUAUAUAAAAAAUAAUUCAUUAAAUAAUAAUAAUAAUGAAGAGUUACUUUUUAAACAUGUAGUAAACUACUUAUAUGGAAAUGUUAACACUAACAAUUUUAACAACAAUUAUGUUGGUACUUGUGAUAAUAAUUUAGAUAAAUAUAGAAAUUGUAUUAAUAGUAAUAAUUGUACUAAUAAUAAAUGUAAUUUUAAUAAUAAUCAAGGAGCAUAUAUAUUAGCGAAGAUUAUUAAAAAAUAUUUGACAGAUAUAGAAGAUCCUUUAAACAAUUAUGAAAAUAAAGUAAUUGAUUACUUUGGAAAUAAUUUAAAUUCUCAAAUAUUAAAUGAUAAAACUAACAGCCAUAAUUGCUGUACAAAUAGUAAAUGUUUAAAUAAAAAUAAUCAUUCAAAAAUAGAAAAAAAUGCUAGUGUUAAUAGUGAAAAUCCUCCCUUACAUAAUGCAUCUUUUCUAAAUUAUAGUGACAAUGUUAUAAAUGAAAAAUGUUUUUGCAAAUGCAAAUGUCAUUUCAAAAAUAAUAAUACUGCAAAACUAAAAGAGAAAAAUGAAAUGAAUUAUUGUUCAUCUAAAAAUAACAAUACUUCAUGUUUUGGAAGAUUUAAUGAAGUCAGUCUUAAAAAUUUAAAUAUGAAUAAUUAUAAUUGUAAUGAAAAGAUAUUGGCUGGUAACUUUCCAAGAGAAAAUUCGGAAAACAAGUUUAAUAAUAAAGUUUGCAUAAAAAAUAAAAUACAUAGUUAUUUAAAUUAUAAUUAUUUAUGUAAUUUAGAAAAAAAAAAAAAAGAUACAAAAACAAAUUUCGAUAAUAUUCAAGAGAUUGAAACAAACAUGAAUAAUGAAAAUUCUUUUAAUAAUAUGCAUGCUUAUGAAAAUGAUAAAAACAAUUCUGAUUCAUUUACUAAUAUCUCUAAAACAAAAAAAUUGUAUCCACAUGGCAAAUAUAUAGCAUUAAACGAUCAUAUAAAAAUUAAAUACGAUACAGAUAGUAAAAUAAAUUGUUCACAUAUAAACUUAACUAAUUCAAUGAAAACAUAUGAAUAUAUUAAAAUGAAAAAUAUAAAUGGAGAUAAUUUAAAAUCAAAUUAUAUUAUAGAUUUAAAUGAUUACAAAGAAUCUAUAAUUUGUGUUAAAAAUGUAACAAGUAUUAAUAUAAAUAAAAGUAGUAUUUUAUUAUUCGGAUCAAAUAUAAUAAGUUGUGAGGAUAACCAAGAUAAUAAUAAUAAUAAUAAUAAUAAAAAAUAUAUUGUUGGGAAAGAAAUAAGUUGUUUUAUAAAUGAAGAAAAUAAAACUUUUAAUAAUGCUAACAUAUGUAAUAUUAAAAAUACAUUAUCCACUUGUAAAAAUGAUUCAAAAAAAAAACAAGUAGAAAAAACAUUAUUACAUAAUGUAAGUGAUGAUAAUUCAAAAGAGCAAAAUGCAUUAAAUAGCAUAUAUAAUAACUUAAAAAUAAGAAAUGCAUUAAAUGUAUUAGAUGAUAAUAAUUUAAAAAUAUCAAAUAAAUUAAAUGAUGGAAGUAUAGAAAAACCAGAAUCUAUUAAAAUAAAAAAUACAACUUAUUCAAAUAAUGAUGAAGCUAACCCUAAUUUUUCAUCAAAUUAUUUAAGGAAUAUAAUAAGUUUGAAAAAUAAUCCUCAUAAUAUUGAAUCAGAUACAUUAAAAAAUAUUUUAUCAUCCAUAAAAAUAAAAUCAGAAAAAGAUGACGAUGUUAAUAAUGUUUCCAUGAAUUUAAGCAAUAGUUCAGAUUCAUUCAAAGAGAAGAAAGAAAAAUUAAACAAAUGUGUUAAAAAAAGAAUAAGAAUAGAUGAAGAAAAUGAAAAUUAUAAAAAUGAAAUUAACAAUAAAAAAAUAUGCAAACAUUUUACAGUAGAAACAAAGAAAAAUAAUUAUAAUUCUAUAUACAAUGAAGAAAUCAAAAAUAAUCUAAUGGAUGAUAUAAUUAGGAAAAUAAUCAGUGUAUGUUAUGCAAAAAAUAACAUAAAUAAAAUAAAUAAUUUUAAUGAUAAAGAUUAUAUAAAUUGUAUUAGUAAUGCUUAUAGAUGCAACAGUGAAGCAAAUGAUAGUCAUAUGAAUAAUCAUAAUUCAAAUAAUAUUGAGACAAAUAAUAAUGCAAUUGAUAAAGAAACAAAUAAUUGUUGCAUAAAUAGCUGUAAAAAUAAUUGUGGAACAAAUAGUAGCUAUUUAAAUAAUAAUGAAAUAGAUAAUUUUAUAAAUAAUAAUGAAACAUGUAUUAAUGAAACAAAUAAUAGUUAUAUAAAUGAUAAUAAUAAAAAUAUUAAUGAAACAAAUGAUAGUUACAAAAGUUGUAAAAAUAAUAAUAUGAAUGAUGUAAGUAAUAGUUAUAUAAAUAAUGAUUGUAAAAAUAGUAAUGAAACAAAUAAUAGUGAUAUAAAUUAUAAUUGUGCCAAUAAUAACAUCGCAAAAAAUAAUGAAAUAAAUCAUAAUUUUACAAAUAAUAAUAUUAUUUAUUAUAGUAAAGAUAGUGAUAAUUACAAAUGUACUAGUACCACAGAAAAUGAAUGUAUGAAAAACUUAGAGGAAAAAAUUAAAAAUGAAAAAAUAAGUAAGUGCAUAAAUAAUGCAUUAAAUAAUUAUAUGAAAAAGAUAACUAACAAAAAUAUAAGUUUGGAAAAUAAAAUAAAUGAUAAUAUUCUUAUCAAUCCUUAUAACAAUAGCAAAAAAAAAAAUAAGAGCUACAGAAAGAUAAUUGAUCUUAAUUAUGAUAAAAAUAAAAGGAAAUAUAAUAAGCAAAAAUAUAAUUUAAACUAUAAUACAUUAUUAACUCAAUUUGACUUUUUAGAAUAUUCAAACAAUGAAAAAUCAUUCUUUUUAAAUAAUAAUUCUGAAGAAGAUAUAAUAAAUCAAAAUAUAAAUGAAAAAAUGAAAAACAAAAAAAAUAUAUGCAAUAAUGAACUUGAGGAAUGUUUGCAUUCAUUAAAUAAUAAAAUGAAAGAAUGUCUUCAAGAAAGAUGUGUUAAAAACAAAGUGAAAAGUGAAGAAUACACAAUAAGAAAAGAAAAUAAUAUAGAAAAAUGUAAUGGUUUCAUUGAAUAUAAUAAUAAUAUUAAUAAUGGUAACAUAAUAGCAAAAAAUAAUGAAACACAAAUAAAUGAAGGAAUAGAUAAUAAAAAUCAUGAUUAUUUUAAUGAAAAGGAUAUUACUGAAAAUAAUAAUAUUGAUAUAAAAUUAAAUAAUAAUAGUAAUGUAAAUAUAAAUAUAAAGAAGGAAAAUAAUCCAGAUAGUAUAUGUAAAUUAGCGGCAAAUGAGCAAGUAAUAAAUAAGGAAACAUUACAUGAUUUUAGUAAAAAUAAUACAAAUGAAAUGAAUAAAAACAAAGAAGAAAUUAUUCACUCAAAAUAUGAUUUGUUAAAAAAAGGUUUAGAAAAUAAUAAUACUGUAAAUAAUGAUAUUGAAGAUCAUUCUUAUAGUAAUAGUAGAACAUCCAAAAGUUUUGAUAGCAUAGAAGAUUAUAUAAAUGAUUUAGAUAAUAGUAAAAAGAAAACAGUAGAUACCAAUCAAUUGGAAAAUUAUAAGAUAAAAACUGAUGAUGAAAAGAAGAAAAGAAGAAAUAAAAAAGAUUAUGGCAAUUCUAUAUUAAUGAAACAUGAUCCACCAAUACCUGGUGUAAGUUUUGAUAGAAUCAAAAAUAGAUGGGUUGCAGGAUUAAGAACAGAAAAUGGAAGAUAUAUACGAAAAUAUUUUUCAGUUCUUCGAUUUGGUAUGGAAGAAGCUAAAUAUAAAGCAAUAGAAUGUAGAAUUAAUUAUGGAAGUUCUAAAUGUAAAAGAAAAGGGAAAAUGAAUGCAGAUAUUAAAAAUGCAUUAAUAUAUUGUCAGAAUAUUGAUAGAAGUAGGUUAAUUAAUAUAUUAGACGAAGAUUGUGGAAAAUCACUUUUUUUAUAA